CUCAACUAGGAAGCAAUAUUGUUGUCUGGGAGCCAUGUUAGAUUUACAGAUUGUCGCCUGAUCUUAUAUAAUGGAUCCCCGGUAUAGUGGUCAGGAUAUCCUAAGGUGUGACCUUUGUGUGACCAAUGCGGUUCAAAGUCACUGUGAGCUUUGUCAUGUCAACCUGUGCAAGGCCUGUGUAGGAGAGCAUCUCUCUGAUUUUAUCAAGAAACAUAGAGUCAUAUCAUAUAUAGAAAGAACAUCGAUGCCUACCUAUCCUACAUGCCCAAAGCAUUCCAAGAACUGUGAACUUUACUGUGAAGAAUGUGACAUUCCUGUUUGUUCUACCUGUAUCUCCUCAGGUAACCAUAAGGGACAUCAUUUAUCAGAUGUUUUACAAAAACUUAUCUCCAAAACAAGAGAUAUGGAGAAAGACUUAAAAGAACUUGAGACUAAAAUUUUCCCAAAAUAUGAAGAAAUUGCAUCUAGCAUGAAAACCAAAAAAGACAACUUAGAAACACACUACACUAAAUUAACAACAGCUGUCACCAAACACGGAGAAGACUGGCACAGAGAAAUUAACAUCAUUGUCAACAAACAGAAAUCUGAUAUUGAUGACAUGAAAACUAAGCAUCUGGCAGCCCUAAAUAAAGAGGAAAAUGAAAUCAAACACAUUACUGCAGAAGUGAAUCAAUGCAUACUUGAUCUGAAGAAAAUGCUGGACGCCAAUGAUGUCUCCCUAACCUCUGCCUACAAAUCCAGAAAUGCUGAAUUGAGACAUUUACCUCCAGACCUCAACGUUUCAUUCCCAACUUUCUCUACUCAUCAGAUCAACAAAGAAAAGCUCCAUCAAAUGUUUGGUUCUCUGUCAUCAUUAUCCAUUACAAGAGAAGAAUGCGGUAACACAAUUAAACCACUGCUUGAUGAUCCAGAAUUCAUUACCACCAUAGACACUGGGUAUAAACUACUAUACAGUGUUAGCUGUCCCAGUGAUGUAGAAAUCUGGACAUGUGGAGAUAGUAAAUCUAUGAAACUCUACAACCUCAAGGGUAAACUUCUGAAGCCAAUCAAAACCAAGUCAAGGAACAAACCAAGUCACAUAGCAGUGACAAGGAGUGGAGAUCUAGUUUAUACUGACCCUCAUACAAGAACUGUAAAUAUAGUGAAGAAUAAACAGAUACAGGAAGUAAUCAGACUUCAGGGAUGGACACCUUACAAUUUCUGUAGUACCUCCUCUGGUGACCUCCUGGUUACCAUGGUCAGUGAUGAUAAUAAACAAUCAAAAGUUGUCCGUUACUCUGGCUCCACAGAGAAAAAAUCCAUUCAGUUUGAUAGUGAAGGCAAACCUCUGUAUUCAUCUGGUGACCUUAAAUACAUCUGUGAGAACAGGAACCUGGAUAUCUGCGUGGCUGACAAUAGCGCCCGUGCAGUAGUGGUGGUCAAUCAGGCAGGAAAACUCCGAUUUAGAUACACUGGUCAUCCCUCUACUACCACAGGAUCAUAUGAUCCAUACGGCAUCACAACAGACAGCCAGAGUCAAAUCCUGACAGCAGACUGGGACAACCACUGUAUCCACAUCCUAGAUCAGGACGGACAGUUCCUCCGUUACAUUGAUAAUUGUGAUCUACAGUAUCCAUGGGGUUUAUGUGUAGACAACAGUGAUAACCUCUUUGUGGCGGAGAAUACCACUGGUAAAGUGAAGAAAAUCAAAUACAUGUAAACACUGCAUUAUGUCAAGAAAUGACUGUAAAUAAGAUUUAGUUAUGAACUAAGAGUUAAAAGUAGUUUGACUUAGGACUAAUCAAUUUAUAAGUAGGACAUGCACCUUAUACAAUGUUUUGAAUUUCUGUUGAUUAUAAGAGAAACACAGUUUAAGAUACUAUAUUUACAUUUACAAUGUCUUUGUUCAAGAUAAAAUUACAAAUAGUGAAUGUACUUUUUUUCCUUAUCAAUGUACUAGUUCAUCGAUAGGCGCAGUCAAAAAAAAUCACGAGCAGGGCGGGACAAACAGAGACAGAAGCAGGACUUCUAGCACGUGGAUUGGCGGAAUCAAAAGCAUAUAAAUAUAAGGAAAAACUGUCUUAAUUUUCAAUUUCAAGACAAUGAUAUAUUGAUUGGCUUGCGUGAUAAUUUUAUGCAUAAACUCCUAUGGCUUUGCUUUGAUUGACAUCAUGAAAUCGAAAAUAAGACAGUUAAUUCUUAAAUCAAAUGUAUACAGAUAUUAUAAAAGAUCAAUAUUCAUGAAAAUCAAGAGUGCAUAUAG